AUGCCUCUACAAACUUAUCAUCAUACCUCGUCUAUCAAAGGCCUGUCAAGCAUCAGUACCUUGAUCGUUGGAGCCUCAGAGUCUAUCCUCGUAGACCCGCCCUUCCUGAUUCCUGAUGCUUUAUCCGUCGUACGCUGGAUCAAAGAAACCACUGGAAAUCCCCUUAAAGCCGUCUUUGUCACGCAUCACCACCCUGACCAUUUCUUUUCUGCAAAUCCUAUUCUGGAUGCGUUCCCCUCGGCGAAAUUCUAUGCCGCCUCUUAUGUCCUGGAGGGUAUCAACCGCGAAUAUGACGACAAGGUCAAGUAUUGGCCUACUAUCUUUGGACAGGAAAAUGUUCCCGAAGCGCCCAGGAAGCCGGAAGUAUUCAAUUUCGGUUUCUUCUUGCUGAAUGGCAACCCCGAAAGCCCAGUGGUGCUGCUGGGGCCCCUGCAAGGAGAUAGUGUUGACCACACCAUCUUCUGGCUGCCGAUCGAGAAGACGGUCAUCUGUGGGGAUACGAUCUAUGGUCGAAGCACACAUGUUUGGGUGGAAGAGGUGGAAACGCCUGCUUUGCUGGACGCAUGGAAGAAGACCAUCGCACUCAUUUCUGCUCUACAGCCCGUCAAGGUCAUUCCAGGACAUUUGGAGCCUGGUUGGGAACUGGAUGCCAAAGCAGACAUUGCGCACACGCAGAAAUACUUGGAUCUUUUUGCAGCAAAGGUCACCUAUGCGCCGACUAAACCGCAGGUCCAGGAACUCUAUGACUUCUUUAAGAGUGCCUUUCCUCAGUGCCAACAGAAUUUGGACUUUUUCUUGGGCCAUUUGUCCAAUCAAUUUGGAGAGGGUGGCAAGGUCUGGGAGGAGAACCGGCACCACGAUGUCGGCAAGAGGACGAUUGAGGGACUGACUGGGUAUUGGUUCAAGUGA